AGAACUCUGGUUUACUGGCUAUAUAAGAUGGACAGGGUUGAUCUUCAGACCAAGCACAGCUCUUGCAGCACACAGUUACUCCUCUCAUCUUCUCACUCUGAUCGCCGACUCCUCCGUUCCUCCAAAUCUCCUCCUCUGAAGAAACCAUGAAGACUCUGAGUGCUGUUCUGCUCCUGGCAAUUCUCUGCUCUCAUCAGCUGGUCUCCAGUGCAAUUAUUCCAGGUCUUUCAGUAGACUGCUGUCCGAAGUACCACAAAGGCAUCAUACCAAUCAAGCAAAUUGUCUCAUACUACAAGACCAGCAGCGACUGUCCCAAACAGGCUAUUGUGUUUCGGACUAGAAGAAACUCUACCUUCUGUGUUGAAGAACACCUGCCUUGGGUCCAAAAGCAUAUUGUUAAACUGCAGCUGGCUCUAGCGAUGACAACAACGCAAACUACUCCCUAAUACAAAUUCUGAACAUUACGUCAGUGACAGAACAACAUCGUGCUACACAGAGUCACUCCAGUACAGU